AAGGAGAAUAAAAAUAUACAAAUAACCACGUAACGGCCAGUGAGCGCUUCAGCACUCUAAAAUGUAUUUGACCCAAACUCUCGCGUGAUCAGUGCUUUCUGUUACUUAGCAACUGGACGCUGCAGGCUAAAGCAAACCGGGAAGCAUUAAAGAUGUCGAAUAGUCGAAGUCGUUCUGCAACUACCAACAAGGCAAAGAAUACCAGUCGUAAUGGAUUACCAUCGUCUGCAGCAGCACAGAAAACACCGCAAGACAAUCUGCUGGCCAAGGAGGAAGAAUACAAACGAUUAAAUGCAGAAUUGGAAGCGAAGACAGCAGAGCUGGUGCGUGAGGCAGAGACCGUAAUGCGAGGACAACAAGAAUUACUAUCGCAGUCAGCACUGACAAAGGUUAAGUUCUUUGAGGACGAUGAUGACGAUGAAAGAGUAAGAAAACUACUUUCCCCAGAUGUACCAACAUUGACACUCACACAUGUUAAGAACAACAAGAAAACAGAUGUAAAGUCUACAGCUCAGCAAAGACCAGUCUCUAGAGGGAAGACGAAGCCAGGGGUCAGAUCAUGUACUGCAGACACGCAAGUUGCAGAUGAUGUUGCACUCCCUAAGGAUAUCACAGACUUUUCCCUUGCAAAAACCAUUAGUAAGAUUGAAAGCAAACUAGAUGAAGGAGAACUGCCAGAGAAUAUUGAAGAUGACGUAAUUCCAGGAAUAAGCUCUGAAAUUGGAGCAGAGGCUCAGAUCAGAUUUCUGAAGGCCAAGAUACGAGUGAUGCAGGAGGAGCUGGAUAGCAUAAGCCAUGAAUGCAAUAAGAAGGAUGAUGAAAAUUGCAAUCUUACAUCUCGUGUUAAAGAGCUUGAAGAAGAGCGUGCUCGACUGCAGAGAACAGUUAAUGUACAGCAAUCUCAAGCUGAGAAAUAUAAAUCAUUAUAUGAAGAAGCAACUAAGAAAAGCGAUGGAUUACAGCAUCAGCUUUCGGCAUUAGAGAAGGAACUGGAAAAUUUUAAAAGAAUGCAAAAGCAGUCUGCAAGCAGUCAGAGUGUCACUGAGGUUCGUUUGAACAGGGCUCAUGAAGAAGCGGAGAAAUAUAAAAUGGAACUGAAUAAACUUAAACAAAGUAACAAGGACACAGCUAACCAAGAGCGAAAAAAGAUUGAAGAACUAAAAGUUGAAAAUAAGAAAUUGGAAAAACAAAAAGCAGAACUAAUGGCUGGUUUUAAAAAGCAGAUCAAACUAAUAGACAUAUUAAAAAGACAAAAGCUACACAUUGAAUCUGCAAAGAUGCUGUCAUUUACAGAAGAAGAGUUUAUGAAGGCACUGGAGUGGGGACAUUUGUAGACUGUUUUCUUGUACAACUUGUUUUGUUAUUUUUACUUUUUGUUGAGAUGUUCCAGGUUGAGACUAAAAAUAUUUUGUUUCCAUUUGUGUUGUAGUUAUUUUGUGCCAAACAAAUGUAUGGUUAAUAAAAAAACUAAUAAUUUACCUAAAUAAAAGAAGUUAUUUAUUAUAAAGAAGAUAA